UGAAAUGAGUCUGAUUAAAGAAAGCACCGUCUUCUUAUCAUUGUGCUUGCUGUUGUUCUCUUCGGUCUCGUCUCGUCUCGUCUCGUCUCGCCGCUCUCUCUCGUGAUAGUUGGUUGCAAUCCGUGAAAGCAAGAGAGCCACAAGCUAUCAGACUACACCACAACAUCAUCUCUCAUCACCCAUUCAGACUACAUCACUCACUCACUCACUUACUCAAACAAACAACAAGAGCAAUGAAGCUCUCCCUCGCCCUCCUCGCCGGCGCCGCGUCCGCCUUCCAGAUGGGCAAGCCGCCCGUCCCGCAAGCCAAGACGACCAUGACCGACAACUUCCCCUGGCGCAACCCCUUCACGGCCGAGACGGCCGCCGCUUACGCCGCCGCCUGCGAGGCCGAGGCCACCUUCCCCGCGGCCCAGCACACCCUGCACGACCUCUUCGACGCCCCGCCCACGGGCCUUGCCCCCUGGGGCGACGGCCUCAAGGCCUUCUUCUCCGGCCGCGAGUACCCCGGCGGCUGGGCCGGCCUCGAUCGCCACAUGUACGACCGCAACCUGCUCGUCAUGCGCUACGCCGACAUGCCCCUGCGCGUGCGCGAGUGGAUCGAGAGCCAGGAGCGCACCGCCGACGGCAACGGCGACGGCGACGGCAAGGGCCUGUUCGCCGUCUUUGACGCCCCGGCCGCCGUCGAGGGAGGCGGGCUCAAGGUCGCGGAGCGCGUCGCCUUCCCCGAGGACGCCGCCGAUGUCGACCGCGCGCUCGACGCCGCGAGGGUCGCCAUCUUCGCCCCGGGCGCGCUGUACCCCGUCCUGCCCCUGUUCGUCGCCGAAGGCAGCGACUGUGAAUCCACCCUCGCCGACCUGGCCAACUACCAGGCCGUCCCUCGAGACGGCGCCGUCGUGGCCUGGCCCGUCAGCCACUCCCGGCCCGACGUCGACAACAACAGGCGGGACAUCAAGUUCACCGUCAAGGCGCGCGUCCUGAAGCUCAACGAGGGCGCGACCGAGAACGAGGCAGAGACUAAGACCGAGACCGAGACCGAGAAGAAGGCGCCGUCAGACUCGGCCAAGGAUGAGUUGUAGGCCGGCCGGUGGUGGGACGUGUAGGAUUCGUGGGCUCUGUACAUACAUACUCUGUAGUAUUCUUACCUUACCGUACCGUACCGUACCCAUAGUGGCCCCCGAAGGCAAACAAACCAAAAAAAGAGAACUCAUCUCAUGAGAACCUUGAGCUCAUCAUUCAUGCCUCGUCUAACUUCCCCCCUAGUGCACGCUUUGCCGUGGGGGGGGGGGGUUCGUUCAGGUUGAACGUGCCAACUUUCAAGCCGUGAUUGUUAAGC